AUGGCCGACACGGUUGCCGAACUGACGGCUGCUAUCAAUGCAGCCUUGUCUAAGCUCUCACCCGCCGAUGAUAUCCCGGAUCCGGCGCGAUUCCAGCUCCUCGAAGCUCUGGAAAAAGUCCGCGGGGUCGUCGAACUACCUGUCCAGUCCCUUAUGGCUAUCUGCUGGGCGGCAAGUCUAUGA